CAGUUCACACCGGGUGAUAAACUUGAUGAUUUGUUUAGAUUUGGUUCUCACAAAUGGAUUUCAAGGCAAUGCGACAUGCCAAAUACUUUCAACGUUUUCUCAACAUUCUUCCUGCUGAUACAAGCCACUAUGAUUCGACGAGGCUUGUUAUGUGUUUUUUCGCCGUUUCCGGGCUGGAUCUUCUCGAUGCGUUAGAUCAGUUAUCCGAUGAAAAGAAAGAAAAUAUUCGGAAUUGGGUAUACCAUUUGUUACUUCAAUCCAAAGACUCUGGUGGUGAGGAUGGUCCUGCGCGAUGGGGAUUCCAGGGAUCGAGUACCCUUAUCAUGCCUCCUGCAACAGGUGUGGUUGAUCACUCGGAGCCCUACACUUGUAGCCAUGUCAGCAUGACAUACACUGGGCUGGGUACACUAUUGAUUCUUGGGGACGACUUGUCUCGUGUAAAUAAAAGAGAUAUUGCGGCUGGACUUCGGGCUUGCCAACAACCAGAUGGAAGCUUUUGUGCUGUAUUGCCUGGUAGUGAAUGCGAUAUGCGCUUUGUAUACUCUGCCGCAGCUGUUUGCUAUAUGAUUCAAGAUUGGAGUGGCAUGGACGUUGACCUUGCAACAAACUACAUUAUUCAAAGUUUAUCUUAUGACAAUGCUUUUGCUCAAGGCCCAGGAUUAGAGUCUCAUGGAGGUCACACAUUUUGUGCUGUAGCCAGCCUUUCCCUUAUGGGAACACUUCAUUCAUCGUUGUCACAAAAGCAACUUGAGGGAUUACGAAGAUGGUGCCUCAUGAGACAAGAAAGCGGUUUCCAAGGUAGGCCCAACAAGCCAGUAGACACUUGCUAUUCAUUUUGGAUUGGAGCAACAUUGAAGAUAAUUGACUCCUAUGAAUUGAUUGAUAAAGCAGAAAAUCGCAAUUUCAUUAUGGCUACUCAGAGCAAUAUCAUUGGUGGUUUCUCAAAAUGGAUUAGUACCUCUGUUGAACCAUUGCACACUUAUUUUGCUCUUGCUGGACUGAGUCUACUAAAAGAACCUGGUGUUUUAAGUAUCCACCCAGAACUCAAUUUAAGCCAUCGGACUGUAGAACAUUUGCACAAAUUACACUCGCAGUGGAAGAAUUGCUAGGUGUGCCGUGUUGUAUGAAUGAAAAGUAAUGAUGAUAAUGUCCAUAUCAUACAUUUUUAAUUUCAAUGUUAUCAUGCCUCUAGUACUGUUGAAUUCACCUCAAACUAGUCUCAUAUAAUGUGAUACCGCUUUUAAGGAGUGUUCACUAAGAUCUGAGGCAUGAAAAAUGUCAAAUUCAGUCAGUUUUUUGUUUUAAAUAUUUUACUUACAUACUGAAUGUUGGUCCAUCAAAGUAUUCAUAUCAUAUCUUCUAUUUUAUGAUGUUUAAUUUUUCUCUUGCUAACAUGAAUACAUCUGUGAUUUUUUUCUGAAACAAAAAUGGUAAUGGUAUCUAUCUUCCAGUCCGUAUGCUGCAUAGUCAAUUCUGUUAUAUGUUUUGUUGUAAUUAUGAAAUUGUCUUGAAUCAUGAUUUAGUGAGAGAGGUAUUUUAAACCUUUCCCAACUAAUUCAUCAAUAUUUCCAAAUAAUGAAAAUAUUGUUGCACAAAUCAGCUCUGUAAACAUAUGCACAGUCAUCCUUGUACCUGGAUCUCUGAGGGGAUCACUUACUGAUUGUAAGCACACUUUGUUUACCAUUAAAAGAUCCCAGUUACAUGAAUUAACUAUAAUGAAAUUGUCACUAAAUCCAGCCAAAAUGGUUUGGCUUGGUUAAUAUUUCAUAGUAUAGCGUACAGUUAUUUUAUUGAAUAAUGCGAAUAGAAUGAACUAGAACCUCUCUUUGAUAGUCGACCUGUGGUUUCUAAUUUUUUUUCUACCUAAAUAUGUUGAAAAAUUGUAUUAUAAAUGCCGCUGUAAAAAACAAACGUACAAUAAAUGACAGAGGCCUGAAAUGUUC